AUGGGGCUUGGUUGGGACUAUUUCAUUCUUCCUUCUGAAGGGCGUUCUGGUGGUAUUAUGGUACUGUGGAAGUCAGAUUUGAUGUCCUUUUCUGUUUUGAAAACUUCAGAUCAAUGUGUUAUUAGUGAUCUAAAUGUUUUCAACAAAGGUGUUUGGAUGGUUUUUACUGUUUAUGCUAGCAAAGAGACAGUGAAGAGGAGGCAUCUCUGGGAGGUUGUUCAGGAGGCUUCCAAUAGAGAUAUUCCUUCUAUUGUUGGAGGGGAUUUUAAUUGUAUUUUGUCACAAGAGGAUAAGAAGGGUGUGGUUAAACAUCUUGCUAGAGUUGCAUCGGACCAAUGUCCAAUUGUUCUUAAGAUGUUUGAGAUGUCUUGUAAAGGUAGAAGUGGAAUAAAGUUUGAAGAUACUUGGCUUUUAAGAUUGCUGAGUAUAUUGUCUCUAAGCAAGGCUAGAUUGAAGAAUUUCUCUUUGGAGAAAGACAAAUCGAAAGAUGAAAUUCCGGUUUUACAAGAUGAAGAAUCAAAGCUGGGAUGGUUGGAAGAGGAUAAAUUGUGGUUACUUAAAGCUAAAGUUAAAGAAUUAAAUGUUGUGCUGAAUAAUCUCAAUACUUGGUGGAGGCAAAGAGCUAAAGCUAAAUGGGUUAAAGAUGGUGAUGCAAAUACCAAAUUUUUCCAUUCUUUUGCAAAUUCUAGGAGGAAUAUCAACUGGAUUUCUCAAGUAAAGGAUGCUAAUGGGGAGUUGUCAGAUGAUCCAGGAACGAUUGAGGAGGAAUUCAUGAGAUUUUUUCAGGUGAAAUGGGAAUCUAGGUCCUGCAGCUUUACUGGAUGGCCAAAACCGUGGACUUCCUUACUGAAUAGUGAUAAGGAAAUGCUGAACAGAGAAUUGAAUGAAGCUGAAAUCAGUGAAGUUAUUUUGAAUUUGGGAAAUAACAGAGCUCCAGGCUUUGAUGGUAUUUCCUAUUCUUUUUUCAAAGCUUAUUGGAAGAUCAUUAGAGUGGAUGUAGUGAGGGUUGUUCAGCAGUUUUUCAGAACUGGUUCGAUGAAUAGGGAUUGGAAAGACACUUUAGUUGUAAUGGUGGAGAUUAUGCCCAAGAUUAUCUCUGAAGAAAAAGUGGCUUUUGUGAAGGGUAGGUCUAUUUCUGAUCAUCUUCUUAUAGCUCGGGAAGUUUUCAAUAAGCUAAGGUUUUCCAAAGCAAGCAAUGGAUUCUUGGCAAUCAAGGUGGACUUGGAACAAGCAUAUGAUAGCAUGUGUUGUGCUACUUUGGAGAGAAUGUUGAUUGAAUUGGGUUUCCCUUCUAGGUUUGUUCAUUUGGUAAUGGAUUGUAUUAUUAAUCCAAGAUUUUCUAUUGUGAUUAAUGGAUCUAAUUCUGGGUGGACUGAAGGGAAGAGUGACUUUCGCCAAGGGUGUCCUCUGUCACCCUUUCUGUUUAUUCUUUGCUCACAACUUCUUUCCAACGCAUUUCGUAGUAGGGGUAAUGAGGUGGGUAUUAGAUUGUCUACUAAUGCUCAGAAGAUUUCCCAUAUGUUGUUUGUAGAUGCUAUUUUGUUGUUUUUUGAAGCUAAAGGGAACGUUAUGAAGAAAGUGAGAAAGAUAUUGGAAGAUUAUUGUAAGUGGACUGGGCAAAAUAUUAAUUACCAUAAAACUUCUUUGGUGUGUGGUAAUUCGGUGGACAGGAGGAGGAGAAUUCAGAUUUCCAUAUUCAUGGGUAUUAAGCUUGUUGAUGGGUUUGAGUAUUUGGGCAUUAAGUUGCCUUUGAGACGUUUAAGGAAGGCUGAUUUUCAGUGUUUAUUGGAUAAUUCCUGUAAAAAAAUCAAUGCUUGGGGUAACAAGUUUGUCUCCUUUGCUGGUAGGAUGGUUUUGGUUAAAUCUGUUUUUCUUUCUCUUCCGAUUUAUACCAUGACUCAUUCUCUUAUUCCAAUGAGUACUUUAUUGGAGUUUGAUAAGAUUUGUAGAGAUUUCAUAUGGAAUAAAUGUGAUGGAAAAAGAGGUCUUCAUUACUUGGCAUGGGAUCAUGUUUGUAAGCCGAAAGAGUAUGGAGGUUGGGGUGUUCAAUCAGCUAUGGAAAGAAGGGAUGUUAUGAGAGCUAAAUUUACUUGGAAGUUGAUUCAUAAUCCUGAUUCUUUGUUAAGCAGACAACUCAAUGCUAAGAAUGGGGAAAGUUGGUGGAAUUACCGGCUGUAUGGGAGGAGUUCCAGCACAUGGAAGAUCUUGUUUUCAAGGUGGAAUGCUAUCAGGGAAAUUGUUAGAUGGAAAGUGGCUGAUGGAACUAGAAUUAGUGUGCUGAAGGACAUAUGGAUUUUGGACAAAGCUCUAAUCAGAUGGCCUACGUUUGUUGCUACAUUUGAGGAUGAAGAUGUUACCCUGGAUUGUUUCAUCACGGGUGGAAGCUGGGAUCGGAUGAAACUCAAGCAGUUCUUUGGGACUGAUCUUGUAUAUCUCAUAUGUAUGGUUCAGAUUUAUCCCUGUCUGUCUGGAGAUAGUAUGGAGCUGAAGUUUAAUAUGUCUGGGAAGUCUACCUCGGCUAUAAUUAUGGAAGAAAGGUAUAAGAACCUGGGUGGUGUUGUUCCAUUCAAAUGGGUAUAUAAAUUGAAGCUGAAUGAUAGGCUUGAGGUGUUCUUACGGCGGCUGUUCUCGAAUGCUUUGCCUACAGCUGAAUUCCUCUGUAAAAGGAAACUUGCUGAUGAUUCAUUGUGUCCAUUGGGCUGCGAUGUAGUGGAAGAUUGCAAUCAUAUUACUACCUACUGUUGCAAAUUACGGAAGGUACUUGAUGUGCUGAGAGGGUGGGGAUUUCAAAUUCCUGUUUACAGUGGAUGGUGUGAAUGUUUGGUGGAUCUCAAGUGGCACAAAAAUGGUAAUUUGAUGUUGAUAAAAAUGUAUUUUACUGUUAUUUGGUUUGUUUGGAACCACAAGAACAAGGUUAAGCAUGAAGAUCCUGAAGAAAGCAAUGUGUUCAUUGCUAUAUCCAUUCUCAGUUUUAUUAGCCAGGAUCGUUCUCAUAUUAUUCAAUCGGGUAACUGGGUUGUUAAUCAGCCCUUUGGGUUAUCUUUCGAUAAAUGGCAACCUCCUCCCCCCGGUUGGAUCAAGAUCAACAUCGAUGCAUCUCUAAAGGGAAAUUAUGAGGCUGAUAUUGGAGGAAUUGUAAGGGAUUGCAAAGGAAGGUUCUUACUUGCGUUUGGGAGAAAGAAGAUGCAUUGGGACAUAGCCCAAUUGGAGAUGGAAGCCAUUACAGAUUUGAAGGAAGUUUUACAGGGCAGAUUUCAUGGAGUUGAAGGCAUUGUAGUAGAAGGUGACAAUAAGAAUGUUAUUGAUAUUCUUCAUAACAUGCACAGUAUACCGAAGAAUAUGGAUAGAAGAAUGAUGAUUGAAGAUUCUUUCUUUCUUAAUAAGCUUUCUGCUUUCAAAAGAUUUCUUCCUGAACUUGAAGCUUACACAGAUCCACUUUAG